UCCUCCUUGACUAAAGAUGAUGUAUCCAAAAGAGUUUACGAUGUUAUUAAAAGUUUUGAAAAGACCAAAGAUAUUGAGAUCUCCAACGAAUUAAAUUUUGCUACCGAUUUAGGUCUUGACUCCUUGGAUGUUGUUGAAGUCUUAGUAGCAAUUGAAGAAGAGUUUGAUUUUGAAAUUCCAGAUAAUGACGCUGAUGAAAUCAAGUCUGUUGGUCAAGUCAUUGAGUAUAUCGUUAACCACCCCGAGGCUAAUUGA